CGGCUCAUCUACAGCAGUGUACUCCUCAUGCAAGCGCGCCGCGUCAUAAGCAGACGUUGAGAUGUAUCGAUCCGUCCUUCAUCUGCCCUGUGCCAUAAGGCCCCGUUGAAUAUAUCGAUACGGCCUCAAUCUAGUUGACGCUGCUGAUCGAGCGGUUGACCAGUUCAACAGUUCACAGUUAAUCUAUCGAUGCUGCCAAGUCCCACCGGUGCUCGCUAACGGUUCAUUGCCCAACAAUCUCAAUCAUUUGUCAUGCUUAACUCAUUUGGCGCGCUCCUCUCUCAUUGGCUCCUCUCUGCUUAAAAAGGGACCUAAGUGCGCGCCCGCCGUCUUAUCACCUAGCUCGACGAGUCUCUAAUCAUGGACGAGGAAAAGGAUGGUUUAUUGGGCGAAUCUCGAGACGGAACGAUAGUGUACAAACGACUCCCCACCGCCGGGCCGACAUUAGAUACCGCCAUCAGAGUCCUGAACGAGGCCUUCUACCCGGAGGAGCCCCUGUGCAGGGCCCUGCAGGUGACACAAUCCCCUCAAGCAAUCUGUGAUCUCGAUGCACUCUUCCUGGGAAUGGCACAAGACUACCUCUCGGUAGUCGCUCUCGAUGCCAUGUCGCAUAAAGUCGUUGGCGUAUGCUUUAACAAAUUAGAGACAAAACCGAUGGAAGGAAAUUUAGAUUUUUACGAAGUAUUCAAGAAAAGGAAAUGCAAAGAGGAUAGGAUAAAAUUUUUCAUAGACGUCUUGGCAGAGGAAACAGCCGGAAUCGACUUGUUCGAAAAAUACAAGACGGACGCGGUCGUAGAUCUCGUAUGUCUCACAGUGCUGCCAGAUUUCAAACGGCGAGGUAUAGGAAAAUCCUUGAUGGAGCAUUCGUUGGAGCUAGCGAGGAGGACAAACGCUGCAUCUGCUGCUUGCGUCGUCUGCUCAUCCACAUACACCCUCAAAAUGGCCAAAAGCAUUGGCUUCACCGAACUCACCUCCGUCCCCUAUUCUCAGUACAUUUACGAGGGCAGACAAUUUUCCGACGUCAUACGAGACCAUGCCAGUGUUGUUCUAGUUGCAAAAAAAUUGCAAUAAAGUUUUAACUUCACGCGGUAAAAGAGCCAUACCCAAGUAGCAGUGAUUUCGAUAAGUUUCGAUUUGAUCUGAGAAUGCAUGGCGAUUUUGUAAGCGUCGAUUUAUCGCAAUAUCAUCGGAUAAAAAAUUGCAAGAAAUUGCAAUUGCAUCGCAUAAAUUUGCAAUAAAAUCGCGAUCUUAUUGACGGUAAUUUAUCGCAUUACUAACGACCAAAAAAUCGUAAAAAAUUGAGAUAAAAUGGAGAUUUUUUCGAAUGUGAUUUUUCAGAGAUAAAAUUGUGCAAGUGCAUUGUUUGUGUGUGUUUUUUUUAAAAAAAGAUGUUGUAAAAAGAUGUGUAGAUGUGUACUUUCGAUGUGUCAUAUUUAAGCGACAUUUUUAGAGCAUAUUCUUGAAAAGAUAAAAAUAAAAAAAACUUGAAAAGAUAAAAAAAGAUAAAAAAAAUACACGAAACUUAACACAUUAACAAUGAUUAGCAAUCCCCACGAAAAUUAAAAUGUGGUGGUUAAUCUACACAGUUGCAAACAACAAAAUAAAGAGGCGUUUUCCAACGUUUGCACCAAUAAAUACGGAUGUAUUGUUUCCUUUUUUUAACCCAUCUUUUCUACCUUACUUUUCCAAAUUCUAUCAAUAAAAUCAAUGAAAUAUUUUUAAAGUCAACAGAUAAGUACAUUAAAAUGCCCUUUUAGAAA